AUGCACGAUAUUCAACAUCAAAUUAACCUUAUCCCAGAAGCACCAUUGCCAAACAAUGCAGCUUAUAGGAUGAAUCCUACACAACAAGCUGAACUCCAAAGGCAAGUGGAAGAAUUAUUGUUGAGGGGUUUAAUAAGGGAAAGCCUUAGUCCCUGUGACGUACCUGCUUUGCUUGUUCCUAAGAAAAAUGGCACUUGGAGGAUGUGUGUUGACAGUCGAGCAAUCAACAAGAUCACUAUCAAAUAUCGCUUCCCAAUCCCAAGGUUAGAUGAUCUAUUCAACCAAUUACAUCGUUCUAAGAUCUUUUCAAAGAUUGAUUUGAAGAGUGGGUACCACCAGAUUCAUAUGAGAAAAGGUGAUGAAUGGAAGACUACCUUCAAGACUAGCCAAGGCUUGUAUGAAUUGUUGGCAAUGCCUUUUGGUUUGUCGAAUGCUCCUAGCAUAUUCAUGAGGCUUAUGAUUCAUGUGUUUAGACCAUUGAUUGGGAAGUUUGUUGUUGUCUACCUUGACGAUAUCCUGAUUUAUUGCAAAGAGGAAGUUUAA